AUGACUACUAAGGUGGAUGCCUUAAUAAGGAAAUUUGAUCAGAUUAUGGCCGCUGGUUUUGUGCGUACAACCGCCCCUCACAUAGCUACUCCACAAGAAGCGGUUACAACAUUGAGGAGUGGAAAGACAGUUGAUAAUAAGGUUGGACUAAGAGCCACUGAAGAGGAUGAACCCCUGCCAAAUCCAAGUUGGCCCCUUAAAAAUCCUAAUGAGAAGUUGAAGACUACUCUUGAGACACCUUAUGAGACUAGAUCUCCAUUCCCUGAACGUUUCAAGGAGUCUCCUUGUGCUGGAAAGCAAGGAGAAAAGUUUCAAAAGAUGAUGGAUAUUUUUAAACAGUGGAAUAUGAGGAAGCGUAGUCCAGAGAAAAUUCUUCUAACCGAGCAAGUGAGUUCAUUGAUCCAACAGAUCGUUGCUCCCAAAAUCAAAGACCCUGGUGCUCCUACUAUUUCAUGUAUCAUUGGAGACCAUGCCAUUGAGAAGGCCCUCCUUGAUUUAGGCCCAGAUGUUACUAUUAGAGUGGACAAGUUCUACUUCCCAGUAAACUUCAUUGUUCUUGAUACAGAACCUGUCCCAGAUCCCACAAAGCCUAUCCCUGUCAUCCUGGGACGUCCUUUCUUAGCUACAGCUAACGCAUGCAUAAAUUGCAGGACUGGAGAGAUGAAGGUAAUCUUUGCGGACAUGAAAGUAAGGCUUAACAUUUUUAAUGCCUUUCAGCAUCCGUCGGAUACAAGUGAGUGUUUCUUAUUAGACAUGAUUGAAGACGCUGUUGAAGACACACUACCCCACCUUUUGAUGAAAGAUCCGUUAGAGGCUUGCUUGACGCAUUUUGAUUUUGAAGACUUCAACACGGAGCAUUAUGUUGACGAGGUUAAUUCCUUGCUUGACACUGCGGCUGCAAUAGAUGUUCCUCCUUGGAGAUUACCAAAUGAGUCUUUACCUAGUACGUUGGGCAUUCCUCAUAUUCCUUCCCCUAUUUCUCCACCAAAACUUGAGUUAAAACAGCUUCCUACAACGCUCAAGUAUGCUUUCUUAGGUUCUAAUGAGACUCUCCCAGUCAUCAUUGCGUCUGAUUUGCAAGAUGCCCAAGAGAGCAAUUUACUGGAGGUUCUUAAGGAACACAAAGAGGCUAUUUGGUUGGAGUGUAGGCGAUUUGAAAGGGAUUGA